GUCUAGACAUGGCUUCUGUAUGACACCCGGGGAAAACACGGUGACGUCAUCAGGCAGCUGCUGUGAUUGCCGAUCAUAUCGAUUUUGUCCAGGAGUUCGCUGUGUUUCUGGGCCGGCGAGGUCUCAGAGUUGUAAGAAACGGGGAAGGGAUAAUGGGAGGAAAGAACAAGCAGAGGACGAAGGGGAAUGCGCGGCCCUCAAGCAGUGGAAGGGCAGCAGAGCUUCUGGCCAAGGAAAGUGGGACAAUUCCUGGCUUCAUUGGGUUUGGAUCAUCACAGAGUGACCACAGCUAUGUCCCGGCUGUACAGGGAGCCGAAGAGGUGGACAGCCUCGUCGAUGCAGAUUUUCGCCUGGUGCUGCGCAAGCUUUCCAAAAGGGACGCCAUCACAAAACUAAAAGCUAUGCAGGAGUUUGGCUUCAUGUGCAAGGAGAGAGAAAUGGAAACAGUUAGAGGGGUGCUCCCCUACUGGCCCAGAAUAUAUUGCAAGAUUUCUCUGGAUCUGGACCGGCGGGUCAGAGAAGCCACCCAGCAGGCAUUUGAGCAACUUAUCCUGAAAGUGAAGAAAUAUUUGGCUCCUCAUCUGAAAAGCCUAAUGGGGUUUUGGCUUAUUGCUCAGUGUGACACCUAUUCACCCGCUGCGAGUUCUGCCAGAGUUGCUUUUGAAGCUGCUUUCCCAGCGCACAAACAACCCGAAGCUUUGGCAUUUUGCAAGGAGGAAAUAAUGAACGUCCUUCUUGAUCAUCUGCUGAAAGAAACACCAGAUACUUUAAGCGAUACACAGGCUGUGCCAAUCGAAGAUCGGGAAUCCAAGUACUUCCGGGUUGUCACCUGCUCCUUAUUGGCUUUGAAGAGGUUGCUUUGCAUGUUGCCAAGAAGUGAGAACAGUUCUCUGCAGGAGAGGCUUGCUCACCUUCUGUCUCAGAGCAAAUUCUGGAAGUACAGCAAGCACAGCACAUCAAGUAUUCGCUCAGCUUUCUUUGAGCUGAUGUCUGCUCUAUGCCAGUGCUCACCUGAUGUUUUACGUGCAGAAGCCUCCAGGCUGUGUCCGGCCGUACUCCUGAGUAUUGAUGACAGUGAUGCUGUGGUGUGCCCAGCUCUCUGGGAAGCAGUCCUUUAUACCAUUACUACUAUUGAGGAUUGUUGGGAGCACGUGAAUGCACAGAAAGGGGUUUUGCCCAAGCUCUGGAGUGUUCUGAGAGAAGGUGGCCGCGGCUUGGCUACCGUCAUUUUCCCCAAUUUGCUGCCAUUCAUUAGCCGUGUGCCCACCAAUAUCAUAAAAACACCAACAGACUUUUACAGCAAUUUCUUUAACUCUUUAGGCCAAGGCCUGUCUAGUGAACGAGCAGUUGCCAGCCCUGCAGAAUGUUCUGCCAUUAUAUCUGCCUACAUGGAAUGCUUGCGAUUUGCCAUGCAGGAAAAUGCUGGAGAAGAAGAGGAGAAUAAAAAAGUUCAGCAAAUUCUCAUCUCUGACCAAUUAAUGCCACUUAUUGACUCCUCUUUAAAAGACCCCAAACUUCAGAACAGCCCGCUCUUCAGCCAAGUUGAAGAAACCCUCUAUUCCUGGGAAAAGAAAGCAGAAAGUCAAGGUUUGGAUGAUAAACUUUCCAGGAUACAUGCCACUUUAUUGCGUGAAUUUUGGGAGAAUCUAGCACAUAUAUGUGUCUCUCAUGUGGAUGUGAUUGAAGCAGGAGAGAAGAAUUUAGCCGGUGUGUCUGGACUUCUUCAAGUGCUACAGAAUCCCAACUGUUUGCUAAAAGUGAACAAAAAGAAGAAAGCCAAAAUACGAUUUAAAGGAGAAGAUGAUGAUGAAAGUGAUGCUGUCUCUCAUGUUUCAGAAUCACAACCGAUGUCUAAAUUCAUUAUGGAGACAUGUAGUUCUAGCGGCAGGGAUCCUGGUAUUGCUCAGUUAAGACAGGAGCGCCUCGAGGAUCUGGUGUGCAAGCUGGCUGAACUGAGUAUGGUCUACAUUAGCGAGCAAAGGUCACAACAGCACCUGAUGUUCUUAGCUGCUCUGCUGAGCACAUUUCCAUCCAUAAGAGUGUUUCAGGUGCUUCUACAGCAGAGCAGUGAGGAAGAUCCCAAGAAUUUAAAUUCUCCUGACCAUGACGUUACACCCAGGCACAAAAACCCAGCAGUCCAGUUCCUGUAUGCAAAACUCAUUUUCUGGUUCAAUGAUAAAAGCCUUGAAGAGUCCGACUUCUUGGUGGACAUCUUAUACAGUGUUCUAUUUUGCUGUACGGAUUCUUCUGAACGGAAACAUCUCUUGGAUGACAUGACUAAGAUGAACUUCAAAUGGAGUGUUUUCCUUUACAUCAUUCAAAAGGCUUGCACAGACCCCGAGAAGUACUCUCUUGCAAGUGAUUGGCUGAAAGGGGAGGUUCUGGGAGAGAGACUGAUCUGUUUAGCAAAUGACUUGUGUACCAGUGGAUUGAUGGAUAAAGCAACCCCCAGUGAGGCUUACUGCUCGAAGAAGUGGGCUCUCUUGAGCCUGGUGUUAUCAGAGCAUGUUCACAAUGAAUAUCUGAUUGCGGAUGCCUAUGUUGAAAAGAUCAUCAAUAAACUCCAUUCAGCUCUGAUGAAGGCCCGGAACCUUUCCAAAGCCGGCCAUCUUGAGCAGUCUGUGUCGUUCAUUUGUGAUGUCGGCUCAAACUUCUUCAGCUCCAUAAAGGGAUGUUUGCAGAUGCCUUCCGCUGAGGAUUUGCUUCUCACCAUCUUCCAACUCUGUGCUCAGGCCUCAGAUACAAGCCACAUGUCAGAAUCACUGCUGCUUAAGCUGAAGAAUACUUGGCUGGCUGGGUUACAUUCCCUUGUUUGCCAGUAUAAGAACAUGCCGCAGGGUAGCAAUUUCUUGAAACAAUCUGCACAAUGGGUCAAGGAUCAGAUUCAAACAUCACACCUUAAUGUGAAAAGCCUCCAGUCCUUAAUAUGUACAGUGGAUGACUUGUAUAGCACAAUCCUGGACUCAAGCCUUUCAGGGUUCAGCCUUCUGGCAGAGCAUACAGCUUCCAUGAUGCCAAGUGCAGAGACGUGGCAGAAGAUGCGGCAUGCCCUGUCUUCUCAGUGGUUAAGCAAGCCGCUCUUGGAAGGUCGAUUAAGCAUGAAUACGGAAACAUCUGGGACAGAUCUUAAAUCAUUCCCCAAAACUUGGCUUCCCAGCCAUCUCUGCACUGCCUCACUAUUGAGCAAAAUGGCCCUUCGAUUGCUGGAGAAGGAGAAAUCACUUAAAGAGGAGGAAAUCGGAGUGAAAAUAAACAUAACCGUUGCAGAAAUGCUGUAUUCCUUGCAGUGGUGUGAGGAGCUGGAGAAGCCACCCACACUCAUUGGGGAGUGCUGUGAAAUGCUUUGCUCACUGGGUGUCUCCCAUGAGAAAGUAAUGGACCUCAGUGUACAUCUUCCUGGACUCCUGGAACUCCUGUAUAACAGGUCUAAGGAAGAUGGCUCCCUUUGGUCCUUAACCGCUAACAGAUUUAUCCAUAAGAGAGGCGCUGGGCCCAGUGAACUACUGCCAUUGACUGAAGACACAGAAAAAUAUUUCCCUGUGACACUGGGCAGCUUGCACACCAUUCAAAGCCUGUCUGCCUUUAUGUGUCCGGAGUUAAAAGAAGAGCUUGUUAUCCAGUGCACUGCCCGACUCAUGACAUGCUCUGCCUCGGCUGUGUCCUGCACAGAUGGAGGAUUUGGGUACCUUGCAAUAAUCAACUCCUGCUUGGGAUCCGAUUCAGAUCUGUGCCAGGAAAUCUUACCUGGAGUUCUUAAAGUAAUGUUAUCAUGGAAAGAUGACCAGGAGGAUAUAUUUCUCUUUAGCAGUAAUGUGCAGGACUCCAGCCAGAGCCUGAUUGGCCUCAAUGUGGAAAUGAUCCGGUUCCUUUCUAUUCUUCUAAAAUAUUUGGCGUCUUCUGUGUCAUCUUUGGUGGACGUUGACUGGGACUUUAUAAUGUGUUCCAUGCUGGCUUGGCUCGAGAGCGCAUGUGAAAGCUCCGCUGCUUAUCAUAUUCCUCUUGUCCGACUGUUUGCCUGCGCAAGCUGUGACUUGGCCACAGAAAUUUCUCACUAUUUUGAGUCUGUUGCCACAAGCACUACGAUGAGUCUUCCUGCCAACCUUAUGUCUGAGUGGAAGGAGUUCUUCUCCGAAGGAAUUUACAGCUUAAUGUUGCCUAUGUUGGUGAGAAUAGCAGAAGAGUACAAGGCUUCGGAGACUUCCCAUAUGAGCCACGUGCUGAAGUCACUGGGUAGGACGCUCGGUUACAUUUCAAAGGAGCAGCUGCUGAACCACAAGCUCCCAGCCAAGUUUGUCGCUGGACAGAAGACCAACCUUACUGACAGCCUGCAAAGCUUGCUAAAUACUCUGGCUCCCCUCCUGCUUUAUAGAGAGAGAUCCGUGCAAAUCACUGUUUAUCAUCUGCUGGAUAAAAUAAUGGCAGACUUGCCUGGGUUUGAUGAUGAAGAUCUCAAAUCUUAUGGGGAUGAAGAUGAAGAACCUGCUUUGUCUCCACCCGCUGCACUGAUGUCUGUACUAGCAAUCCAAGAAGAUUUAGUAGAAAGUAUCCUUAAAGAGAUACCUGUAGGCGAGUUUGCUGUUAUUGAGCCUUUAAAGGAGGAGUUCUGCUUUGUUCUCGGAUAUCUCCUGACUUGGAAGCUAAUACUCACUUUCUUUAAAGCUGCAUCAUCCCAACUGCGGGCGCUGUACUCUCAGUAUCUGAGGAAAACCAAGAGUUUGAACAAGCUGCUGUACAACCUGUUCAAGUUAAUGCCCCACAACCCAGUCCUGCCCGGGCAAGCCAGUGAUAUGCCCAGUAAGGAGCCCAAGACUUUCUUUACAGAGGAGCUUCAGCUGGCAGUAAAGGGGACUGCCACAGUGCAGCAGGAGGUCCCGCACUUGGCUUGCUGCGUUUAUCACAUGACAUUAAAGGAUCUGCCAGCCAUGGUUAGGCUGUGGUGGAAUGGCUGCGAGAAGAGGAUUUUUAAUGUGGUGGACAGAUUCACCACCAAGUACGUUAGCAGCGUGCUGUCCUCCCAGGAAAUCUCCUCCGUCCAGUUGAGCACGCAGGUCUUUGAUGGCAUGACCGUGAAGGCACGCUCAACUACCCGGGAAGUGAUAGCCACCUACUCCGUGGACGACAUCUGCAUAGAGCUGAUCAUACAGCUGCCCCAGAAUUACCCCCUGGGUUCCAUCACUGUAGAAAGUGGCCGGCGGGUAGGGGUGGCUGUGCAGCAGUGGCGGAAUUGGAUGCUUCAGCUGAACACUUACCUCACCCACCAGAAUGGAAGCAUAAUGGAAGGCUUGGCCCUGUGGAAGAACAACGUUGACAAGCGCUUUGAGGGAGUUGAAGACUGUAUGAUUUGCUUCUCCGUUAUACAUGGUUCAAACUACUCCUUACCGAAAAAAGCCUGCCGGACCUGCAAGAAGAAAUUCCAUUCUGAAUGCUUGUAUAAAUGGUUUACUUCAAGCAACAAGUCGACGUGCCCUCUCUGCAGAGAGACCUUUUUCUGAGACCUUGGAAUGAAUGGACGAGAAGCAGACGCCCCAUGGAAAAGCUUUUCCUCAAUGCUGUUGUGUCAAGGCGCCCCUAUGGACUUCUUUCCUGAUAAUCUCCAAUUCUGUAUCUAAUGGAUUCUCUGUAAUGAGAUCCUUGUCCAUCUCGCGAAAUGGGGAUGUUGCCAUUAUGUCCUGUUGGAUAUUGAUAUGUGCAAUAGCCUUAGUCCAAGCCAUUUCUGCCUUCUGCAAGUGAAUCCAACUGGCAGACAUCUUUUUCUUGCACUGCUGGACAAAGCGCAAUGGGCCUGUAGUAGAGCAGUGACUGGCAUAGUUAACUAUAGGGCACCUAAGGCCAGGAGUACUCUGGUGAAAAUGUCGUCCAGCACAGCUACAGUCCGUGUGGUUCAUACAAAGCUCUGGGACAUUGGUUGCUAUGGCUACACACACAUAGCUACUUAUGGUAUCCAUGCACAGCAUUGUUAACUGCUUUGGUAGCACAUUGGGCCCCAGCCUAUGGUUGGUUCCCAUCAGAGGUGUUUUCACUUUAGCUUUCCCAUUGCUUCCUGCUUCACUCCCUCUGCCGUGAAUAAGCUAAGAGAGAGAGAGUGUUAGAAAAUAAUUAUAAAAGAAUCUAUUUUUAAUCCAACCAUCAUGAAAAAAAAUCUGUAAUAUAUAUAUUUGUAUUCCUAAUUUUAUCUAAGUGGUUCGCUGUGUCACUGCAAUAUUGUUUAUUUGAUCUUAUCCAGAAAUGCCGGAAUUAAAAAGAUUGGUAAAUGAUGAA